AUGGCCUUCAUUGUAGCUCUGGGGAUCUUGAUGGCUGGGAUCUGUCCUGCUGUCCUCUGCUUCCCAGAUGGCACAUUGUGAAGGGACACUCUAUUCCAUGAAGACCAAGUCAACAGGACACAACUGGACAGUCUCACAUUGGCCUCCAUCAACAAUGACUUUGCCUUCAGCCUCUACAAGGAGCUGGCUUUGAAGAAUCCAGAUAAAAAUAUUGUCUUCUCCCCACUUAGCAUCUCAGCUGCCUUAGCUAUUGUGUCCCUGGGAGCAAAGGGCAACACUUUGCAAGAGAUUCUAGAAGGUCUCAAGUUCAAUCUCACAGAGACCCCUGAGGCAGACAUCCACCAGGGCUUUAGGCACCUCCUCAGCAUUCUCAGCCAGCCAGAGGACCAAGUACAGAUCAGCACAGGCAAUGCUUUGUUUAUUAAUAAGUGCCUACAGAUCCUGGCAGAGUUCAAGGAGAAGGCAAGGAAUCUGUACCAGACUGAGGCCUUCACAACAGACUUCCAGCAGCCUCAUGAGGCUGAAAAGCUCAUCAAUGACUAUGUGAGCAAACAGACCCAGGGGAAGAUCAAAGGACUGAUCUCAGACCUGGAUGAGAGGACAUCCAUGGUGCUGGUGAAUUACAUCUACUUUAAAGGCAAAUGGAAGAUGCCCUUUAACCCCCGUGUCACAUUUGAGUCUGUGUUCUACUUAGAUGAGAAGAGAUCUGUGAAGGUGCCCAUGAUGAAAAUUAAGGCCCUCACCACACCCUACUUCCAGGAUAAGGAGCUGUCCUGCUCUGUGGUGGAGCUGAAGUACACAGGAAAUGCUAGCGCCCUGUUCAUCCUCCCUGACCAGGGCAGGAUGCAGCAGGUGGAAGCCAGCUUGCAACCAGAGACCCUGAGGAAGUGGAAGGACUCUCUGAGGCCCAGGAAGAUCAAUGUGCUCGACCUGCCCAAGUUCUUAGUCUCCACUGACUACAGCCUGGAGGACGUCCUUUCAGAGCUGGGCAUUAAGGAAGUCUUCUCCACACAGGCUGAUCUGAGUAGGAUCACGGGGGCCAAGGACCUGAGUGUCUCUCAAGUGGUCCACAAGGCUGUGCUGGACGUGGCUGAGACAGGCACAGAAGCAGCUGCUGCCACGGGAGCCAAUUUUCUUGUUCAUAGAAGAAGAACAACUGUGUUGUUCAACAAGCCAUUCCUGAUGUUUGUCUCUAGGACAGAUGUUCACACUACCCUCUUUAUGGCCAAAGUCACCAACCCUAAGUGA